AUGUCUGAGAUUCUCGCCAUCACUUGCCCUGGCGGCAAGCAGUGCUCCCGCCUCAUCCCGCUCCUCUACAACAAGGGAAAAUUCAAGCUUAGACUUGCUGCCCAUUCUGAUGCCUCGGCAGAGAAGCUUCGCGUGCAGUAUCCCGACGCAGAAGUCGUUCACACUGAUCUCCAGUCACUUUCAUCUUGCUCGGAGCUGCUCCGGGGCGUAACAGCCAUCAAUGCAGUCUUGCCUAGUCUGCACUCUCGUGAGAAGGAAAUGGGCUUCAAUCUGAUUGAUGCAGCCGUUGCUGAGAGUAAGCGAGAGGGUAACGUGUUUAAGCACUUUGUCUUUUCGAGCGUCUUGUCCACCCAGCAUCGCCUGCUGUUGCACCACGAUCUCAAGAGCUACGUGGAGGAGCGACUCUUCCUGAGCUCCCUGACUGGAUGGACCAUUCUCAAGCCAGUUAACUUUAUGGAUACGUUCCCGUUGGCAACACUAGCCGCACAAGAAACACCCGUUCUCAACAAGUGGUGGUCUCCGCACUACGCCAGCAGUCUCGUCUCUCUCAAAGAUUUGGCAGAGGUGUCGGCCAAGGUUCUGAACGAAGGCGAGAAGCACUACCUUGCUGAAUACCCACUGUGCUCUACACUCCCAACCAAAGAGACCGAAGUAGUCGCCCUAGUAGAGCAGCGCAUUGGCAAAAAGAUCGAGGUCAAGGUGCCCGAUUUGGAGGGCGGUUCAGAUAGACUGAUGAAGUUCCUCUACGGCGGUGGCCCCGAUGAAGGAAGCAAGGGCGAUUUGCGCGGGGACUUGGUUAGAGAUACUGUCGAGCGCCUGAUUCUCUAUUACAAUGCCCGUGGUCUCCAGGGCAGCCCCAACGUCAUGAGAUGGCUGCUUGAGCGUGAGCCAACAUCCGUCCAGCAGUGGAUUGAGGAUGUCCUGGGCAAGACUAAUUAA